AUGAAAAACCUUCUCAAGAAGCUUCAUAAGUCUGCCAAGAAGCAAUUGCGGAAUCUUCCCAAGAGCCUUGUAGGGCCUUUCCGGAAGGGUUCCAAAGCCUCUGCCCUCAAUCCCGUCACUCAUGGCCUUUUCACUGCUCAGAAGGUGCUCAAGGGCCUUCGUCAUGGCAAGUGGCGCAAGAAUGUGGCUCGCCUUUCCGCCGCCCAGCGUUCGUCGGAUGGCCUCAAUCUCGCCGUUGAUGGCGGUUCUCCGUCCUACUCGCCGCAGUACGUUCACAAUGCGCGUACGCUCUCUCAGUUGACUGGAGCUGGUGUGACAACGGCUGGAGCCUUGUAUACCAACAAGAGCAAUAUUUCCGCCACUCAGGCCGCGAACAAUCAGAAUCUUUCUAUUGCUGCCAUGAACAACGCCACUCAAAUUGACAUGGCAAAUUCCGCUCAUCAGCGUGAGGUGGCCGACCUUCGUGCAGCUGGCCUCAAUCCGCUUUUGUCUGCUGGCGGUUCCGGUUCUUCUACGCCGACCCUUCAGAGUGCGACAAUGCAGGCUUCCCAUUACGAAAAUCCAGUCCAGCACGCCGUUCAG